AUGGAUGGCUACGGCAGCGGAAUGGGCGAUCACAGCAAAGAUCCCAGCAUGCUCGGCGAUGAAAAGUUGGGGGACUACAGCAACUACACGAGCGACCCGCUGGGACUGCACGGCGGACAGCCCGCAUCGAUGCCCGGCAGUCGCAUGCUCGGCAUGGCUCCAUCGUCAUCGUCGUCGCUGAUGUCGCCCGACGCCGGCGGCCUCCACCUGCCGCCACUGUCGGGUGUAGGCCCUUCGCACCUGAUGCCACAUCACAUGCAGUCUCACCAGCACCCGCACCAGCUUCAGCAGCACCAGCUCCACCAGCAUCAUCGCCACCAACAACAGCAGCAGCACCACAUGUCGCCUGAUCCCUCGGGUGGCCUGAUGGGCGCCGGCCCCGGCCAUUUCCACCACCUCCAGCACCAGCAGCAUAUGCACCAGGCGCAGCAGCACCAGCAGGGCCGCGCCGGGUUUCCGUUCGGGUUCGGUCCUUCGUCGCACAUGCUGAUGGGCCACGACAUGCAGCACCCGGCACUCGGCCUUAGCCACGCCCACCCGCAGCAGCAACAGCAGCAGCCACUCCAACCGCAGCAGGGCUUGCCCGGUUCUCCCUACGGCAGCCACGGCCACGGCCACGGCCACCUGCAGCCCACGCACCUCCACCACCCGCUGUCGCCCAUCCAGCAGCAACAGCAUAUGCAGCGACAGCAGCGCACGCCGCCGACUGCGCCAGUGACCAUGUCGCCCGCCUCCAUGCCGUCGCCGCCGAGCACGGCACCGGUGAGCAGCCUGCCGCUCUCGCCGCCGCCCGUGCCCUCGGCCUCCUCCUCGACUCCAUCGCCCCUAUCGUCGUCGACGCCGCUGUCGAACUCGGCGCCAUUGUCGCUCUCGGCGCUGUCGAGCUCUGCCUCGUCGACGUCGUCGUCAUCUUCCGCGAGUCUGGAGCGCUCAGCCGCGGCGACAACGGCCACCACGGCCACGGCCACCGUGGCUGCGGUGGUCUCCUCGCCCGCAGCCGGGUCUGUCUCUGCGUCGGCGGAACCACCCGCGACGAGCGCCAACAACAGACACCCCUCGCCGACCCGGGACCUGCUGCCUGCGAGUCCUGCGCCGGUCAGCGCCGGCACCGCAACCGCUGCUAGCGCCGGCGCCAAGGACAACGGACACGAGGAGAGAGCGGCCCAGGCGGCGAAGAGCCAGAAGAAGCGGAGGAAGACCGACUACCCCAUCGACACCAACAGCAACGCUAACGCCCCGAGCGCAUUCGGCGCGUUCCAGCUGGCCAAGCCCGUGCCCGGCUCGACGGCGACAAUGGCGGUGGCCGCGAGCACUACGUCCACCACCACGACGACCGCGAGCACGGCCGCAAAGGUGACCAUGGCCGCGUCGCCGGGCGGCGUCGAGCCAUCGACAGCUCCGGCACCGCCGCCAGCUGCUGUCAUCUCGGCGGAGGCCGAACCGACCGUUCCCCGUCCCAGCAGUGCCAGCACCAGCGGACCGGCCCCGAACAAUGCUGUCAUGGCCGAAAACGUGGAGCUGAUGCGAGAGAACAUCGUUCUGCGAAAGAAGAACGCCACGCUGAUGAACCAAAACAUGCGCCUGAUCCUGGAGCUCAAGGAGAAGGAGCACCUCAUCUUCAAGCAAAAUGUCGUCCUCGCCAAAUACCGCAAACGGUUUGUGCAGAUGUUCGAGACCCAGGAGCAAUCGACGUACUCGCUGAUGCCGCCAUCGCGGCAGGCAAAGGAAACCCACCAAACGCCCGCCGCUCGACAGCCGACCCGCCACACCGCAUCGGCGGCGGCGUCGUCGACCUCUUCGUCAUCGUCGUCAGCCGGUCGUCAUGGCAGUGAUGGCGGCGGCAGCGGGACGAAAAAGCGGCAGCGAAAGCGAUCAUUUCACGAAACGCUCGAGUCGCUCGAUGCCUCCGAUGACGACAUCUACGACGACGACGACGAUCUGCUGGACGAAGCCUACGGCGGCGGUUUUGACUCGAACGAGUACGAGGCCAGUGACAUGCUGCUGGACACGCCGGGCGGCAUCGACGUCGACAACCUGCCGAAGGCAGGCGGCGGCCAGCACACCGCCAGCACGCCUUCGCCGCGACGCCCAUCGUCGUCUUCCACCACAGCCGCGGCCUUCACCCAGUUUACGGUGCGCGACUUCAGCAGCGACGACCCCAGCCACCGGCCGCUGAAGCGCAAGCGCGGGCGGAAGAGCAAGGAAGAGAAGGAGCGCGAGCUGCUGCAGCUGGCGUCUGCCAAGAAGGACAUCACCGCACCGUCGGCCACGGCCACGGCCACGACCACGACCGGAUUCGUCUUCGAGCCGCCCUCGGCCCACUUCUCGCCCGUCUCGCCGUCGUCGUCGCCUACCACGGCCGGCGGCGGCGGCUUCUCGGUCGGCACGGGCCUCUCGGGCAAGGAUCGGCGACGGAAGGGCCGGCGGAGUACCCUGUGGACGCCCGAGGACGACGCCAAAUUCCUGCGCGCCUAUCGCAUGCAUGGGAAGAGCUGGAAGGCCAUCCACGAGUCGCUGCCCAACAAGACACGGGAGCAGGUCCAAAGCCACGGCCAGUACCUCAUCAGGACCGGCAAGAUCCAGGACCUACCCAAACCAAUGCGAGGACGGCGCUCCAAGGGCGAAGGCGAAGGCGGCCAGUGGUUGAGUAUGAACGUGGGCGGCCCAGAUGCCUUCCGGCCCCAACCACCACCGUCAGAGCGAGAGGAGCCCGGCAGCAGCGGUGCGGCGGCUCACCAAUUCAGGCUGGCGCCAGCAGCGACGGCCGGGGAAGGCGGCGGCGGGGAAGCGUCGAUGAUGCCGACAACGGCCACCACAGCUACGGCGACGAUGAUGCCGACAACGAAGGCGGAGACAAGUGGUAGCGGCAGGCCGAGUGGCACCGGGGAGCAGCUGGAUCUGCGGAGCUCGGCGGGGGACGUGCACGGCCACGCCCACCACCACCAUCAGCAGCACCAGCAUGGGGUGGCGAUGAAGAUCGAAGACGAAGGUCUAGAUCUCUACGGCGACGGUGAUGGAGACGGCGAAGGCGAAUACGAGGGUGAAGGUGAAGGUGAGGGCGACGACGGCGACGGCGAGGGAGAGCUCGACGUGGACGACCUGGAAAGCGAGGAUUGA